AUGUGGUUAGACGAAACAAUAACCCACUAUGACCUGUCUCGCGAACUUGGCAGAGGUGGUUUCGCUAUUGUUCAAGAAGCCCGUCGAAAAGCUGAUGGCCGCCUUGUGGCUUGCAAAAUAAUCGAUAGAAAGAAGCUUGAACAAGGAAGUGUACAGCAUCAUCCGUCGUAUGGUCACCAUCGUCAUGGUCUGCCAAGUUCACGUUCGAUCUCGUUACUCGAUCGAUUGAAUGCUGAAAUAACCAUUCAUCAUCAAGUUAAACAUAGCAAUAUAGUGGAAUUGUUGAACUAUUUCUAUGAUGAUAAAUGUGUUUACUUGAUUCUCGAACUUUGUUCGUGUGGUGAUUUAGAACGAUAUUUAAAAGAGAAAAAGUCACUGAGUGAAGCCGAAACACAACAUAUCGUUAAACAAGUCGUAGAUGGCUUGGUGUAUCUUCACAAUCAUGGCAUUAUACAUCGAGAUAUCAAACUAUCCAAUUUACUUCUCACUGAAACAGCAGAAGUCAAAAUUGCUGAUUUUGGUUUAGCUAAAAAAAUACAAUUAGCACGUGAUCAAAACAAUGAAACUAUGUGCGGCACGCCAAACUAUAUUUCCCCGGAGAUCGCUAGUCGAGCACCACAUAGCUUCUCAACCGAUGUCUGGUCAUUGGGGAUUCUUAUUGCUACCCUAUUAACUGGGCAACCGCCGUUCGAAACGGAUACUGUGCAUGAAACAUUAAGUAAAGUUACGCAUGAGAAAUAUGAACUGCCAACAACAUUCAGUGAAGAAGCUCAAGAUCUUGUGAAUAGUACAUUGAGAAAAACAGCGGAAUUACGGCCAAAUAUCAUUGAAAUUCGUGAUCAUCCAUUCUUCUCCAAAGAUUUCUCACGUUCACCUCAAUCCAACAAUUACAAAUUCGCAUCGUGGGGUCUUGCUGUCGAUCGAUCCCAUGAUAGUGGCUUUGUAGAAAACAUCGGACAACAACGUUCAGCAAUCAGUACUAUUUCAAAUAGUACAUCACUGAACAAGGGAAGUCAUGCUCCUCGUGUAUUUUCACCUAAUCCGACAUCUCCUCCUGGUAUAUCGCAGCACAAUGAACCGAUAUUUAAAACAACGCCUAGAUCAACUCGAGCCUAUGACUACUAUCACACACAUUCACUUCAGCAAUCAAUAAAUGCUGGACAUAAUUCAUCAUUGGACACAUCGACAAGAGGCAAUGAAUAUAAUUAUAAUCCCACAGUCAAUGUCAUGGACCAUCGUCCUACAAGUGCUACAUCAUCUGUGCGAUCUCAAGAUAGUGGUGUACCACAAUCGGAUCCGAAAACGUCGAUUGAUUGCAGUGCAAAAUCCGAAUUAAGCGCGAAAGUGACCUACACGAACGAUGGUCAAUUGUCGACAUUGAGACCACAGCGACUGUCAUCAGCAAGUUCGUAUCAACAUGCGUUGAAUUAUCCAGUACAAGAACAAAUGUUUGAUGCGAAUGCGGAACAAUUGCGUGAAAAACUUCAACCACUGAAUACUCAGAGAUUGAAACCCCACCGUCAAGCAACGAAAACUUUGAUUAUGAAUAUUAUGGAAAAUGGUGAAGUUGUACUUGAAACAAUGCGUACAAAAAGUACAAAACGUCGUAUUGUUGAUGUGUUUCGUGUAUCUAGUGACGGUUUACACAUAAUUACUUACAUGCCCAAUAGUCGACACAGUUCACCAGUCGGUGAGCAUCCUCCACCGAUUCCACGUGAUAAAAAUGCUUAUCAAGAAUAUCAUUUCGAUCGAUUACCACCUGAAUAUUGGAAAAAAUACCAAUAUGCUCAUAAGUUUGUGACAUUGGUUCGCUCGCGAACACCGAAAAUAACUCUUUAUACAACCGAGGCAAAAUGUUCGUUGAUGGAAAUCGGUGUUGAAUUCGAAGCAAUUUUUCUCUGCGGCGUGAAAAUCAACAUCUAUCGAGAGAAUUGCAAAGCUGACGAACCGUUAAAGAUGAAAAUUCUAAAUAACAUUGAUAAGUCGGAAUCUUUGUUGGAAUACGAUCGUGUAGCCACACCGAAUGUCUCAGCGAUUGAACAUUUCAGUCCAGAGAUUCGGCAAAUUAUUGAUAAAACUAUAACUUUCUAUAAAUUCUGUUUAUCUAACGACAAACUUUUCGAAGAAAGUCAAAAACAAUAUCCCUCAAUUCAAAUAUUUCCUGUUCAAUUCGGAAAGAAACAUGUUCAACCGGAUGCCAAUCGACCAAACACACCAUGUUCUGUUGGACGAAAUACGUUGAGCAAAUUCGGUGGUUCGUCGUCGACUAUUAACGAACAAUGUAUAGUACCGUCUGCAUCAUUUGGUACUUGCUCCCAAAUGCUCUCUACUCGACCUGACUUUACUUCUGACAUUGACAUUCGACGAGCACGAAACCCGUCUGCGGCCGCUUCGGGGCCGCCGACGACAAACAUUAUGCGCAAUGCUCUACAGCAUUCGAAUUCGUCUUCAACUUUACGCACAAUAGACUCUCAUCAUCAAGUUUCCUAUGCUCCUCAAUCAUCCGUACCAAUCGCAAUUCCACGUUCUCAAUCAGCACAUCCAGUUCAAGAUGCCUCGUCUCUUUCGACUCGCUCGGCAUCAGUUAGUUCAACACCGAGUGGUGCUACCCUAAUAGGCAGAACAUCAGGAACCACUUCGAUACCGUUAACUCGAAAAUCGAUCACAGAAUAUUCCAAUCGAACUUUUCGUGUAGUAUUUAGCGAUGAAAGUGAAAUGAUUAUCCGAGCUGACUCUCAUGAUAGACAAAUCUUUAUCGAUACACAAGGUAAAUAUCAUUCAUUUGAUCGUCGACAAGCCGAUCAAUCUGAAGCAAUUCAAGAGCGCUUAGCACUCUUCUAUCAGAAUGAACAUGAUCUAGUUGAUAAUUCUCCUUGA